UACCUAUUUUUACAAAAAAAACCCAUCGUUUUUGGAGUUUUAAAUACGAUAAAAAAGGGGAAGGAGUAAUUUUGUUUCUCGAUACACAUUGAGAAAGAUGGGUUUAGACUUGUCUUCAGAAGCACGUUUCAUAGGAGGCCAAUCGUUUUUAGAUGCUAUUUUUGCGAACAGUCAAGAUUAUAUGUGGUUACAGAUGCUAUGACUUCUUUUUUAAAUUGCAUUUGAUCUGGUGUAUCCAUUCAUCUUUACCACUUGGCCUCUGUAUUCACUCUGAUGCAUUAAUGAUUGACAUGCACUCUUUUCUCCUGCUUUUUUUUUUUUUUAUUUUUUACUGGUUGAAGUCCUUUUUUUGUUGUUGUUGUAAAUACUGGAUCAAAAUACCUGUUUGGAAUAUUAUUAUUAUUUAUUUAUUCCUUUUUUUUUAAAAAAAAAAAGCUUACAAGGAACAGGUUCAGGUUAUUUAGCAUUGAGCAAUAAUAAAAAAAAAAGCUUUGAAGCUCAGUUUCGAUGGGUGCCGUGACUCGUCCCUCGG